UACUGAAUCCGUUACCGCAUUAACCAUUUAGACGUGUCGAAACGGGUAUCAGGGCCAAUGUAAUAUUUGGGCUUGCUGUUCAUAGCUUAAAUUAAGAGAAAAAAAUUAAUAAAAAAGUGAAAAAGUGUACAAAUACGUUUUUGCUAUUAUUUUACCGGAUUAUAUUAUUCCCGUGUAAUAUUAAAGAAAAUAAUUGAAGGGGCUGUUGGCAAAUAUAAUGAUACACGUGAAACAAUGGUUGUGUAUUUUCCUCUUAAUAUAUACCAGAUCAGAAAUGGUCUUAUCACUGGACAAAUUGGACACAUUCUGUGGCGAUUGGAUAAAUGCCGACGAGUUUUGCAAGAAUAUUUUAAACAACAGUACGUGCAAUAAUGGCCAAUGUGUGUGUGGAGCAGGGUACCAGGAAAUUGAUGACAAAUGUGUUAAAGAUGAUAACUUUUGGACAAGAAAAAAUGUUGAUACAGAAUAUAUUUUCACAGAAGAAACAGAUGAGAACGUCUAUGAAAUGUCGCAAAUGAAUCAUGAAAGCGAAACAGAUCAGUACCUUGCAAGGUUCAGGCGAGAAGACGCAGUGAUUGAAGGAACAGGGAUGGGCCCUGAGACAGCGUUUCUUUUCGCAAGCGGUGAUCAAGAAGGAGAUAGCAGAUUGGCAGGAACUGACGACGGUUGCGUUAAGAUAAAAUUGGACGUCAAAGUCCCUUUCCGGGGAAAAAAGUUCAGAAAAAUAUAUGUAUGUGCGAAUGGGAUAAUUUGUUUCAAAAAACCGUAUCACAACCCCACACCACCAAGAAAUAACGUGACAGAAGAUUACUUGAGGAACAGAUACUGUAUUUGUCCAUUCCAUAUGGAUAUUGACGUUACGUCAAGCGGCGACAUCUAUUAUCAAGGAUAUGACCUCGCAUCUGUUUCCGACACACACCCAAAUGUUGUUAUGGCAAGGCAGCUGGUUAACAACAUAUAUAACUUGGAUUUUUCCGAUAUGUUGUACAUGUUAGUUGUGACAUGGUGGAUCGUUCCUCGGUCUGGUGGACUAUCAAGCGAGAGAGUAAGUUUUCAAGGAACCUAUGUGACAAAUGGAAGAAAAGCCUAUGCUUUUUUUGAUUAUGGCAAUAUGGCAUUCUUGUCUGGAUGCCCAUUCAUUGGUAUUUUCAUAGAUGGAACAGCUGAAGGCUUAGAUAACAAUGCUGAUUGUUCUUUCCUCAGACGGGCUGAUUUAAAUGUCAAUUUUGGAAAUUACGAAGGAUUUACAACGUUUGACUUGUCUGACCAGGAGAGUAGCUACGAAGCUGAGUGUAAACUGUGGUACAAAAGUGAGAAGAGUUCACGUUCUUUUUAUCGGGCGGUCUUAAACGCCAUGCCUGACUGUCCGUGCUCUUUGUGGGAGCUCCGGUGGGAUGGACGUUUUUUUGUUGUUUCAUUUGACGUUACCACAGGCGUAGUUACAGCAGCACUAUGGUCCUUCCGGUUUUUUCCAUAUGGAAAGACAUGUACAUACACCUGGUUCGGAGGGUUCGGAUUCUUCGGAGCUUUCAUUGGAUGGGGGAGUAAUGUUGGGACAUUUAAUGCAUACAAUCAGCUUAUUUACCCCAAUUUACAUGAAUAUCACGAUCUUUACUUUAAAGACGUCUGCUGCAGUAAAACAAACCUAUGUCGUCUAUAUUAUAAAGUCAGACCGCGUGUUCAGAGAUGUAGAUGGUUCCGGUGGUUUUGGGGCUGGGGCUGGGGUGAUCCUCAUUUUCUCACCCUUGACAAUCGCAAUUAUACAUUCAAUGGAUAUGGAGAGUAUCUGCUUGUUCAGCAUAUAAACACGACUGAUUCUACAGAUUCGAAAUUCCAAAUUCAAACCAGAACUGAGCUGGCCCUAAACGAAGAUGGCACGUUCACUGAUGCUACGAUAUUUUCUGGCUUUGCGAUUCAAACCGGAUCAGACUGGGUUCAAGUAGAAUUAAAUGACAACAAGACCGGAAUAAAACUCUAUGCGGGAUCAAAUAACACUAACUGGGCAGAAUACACACAAGAUUUCGACCAAAAUGCGCUCUCCUAUACAGAAGGCGGACUUAUCCUAAGUCGUGAAAAUGACACAGUCGUGGCAAAGUUUACAAUAGGUCUUCAGUUCCAAGUGACACAGAGCAAUGGCGUUUUACAGUAUGGCAUAUCACUGAGAGAUGAAUUUCAAGGUCAAACUAUCGGGUUGCUAGGCAACUUCAAUAACGAUACUGCAGAUGACCUAAUACCAAGAGGGACUUCAUCUCCACUUGAAUCACCAGAUGAAAGUGAAAUAUUUAACUUUGGACAAACAUGGAUUACCUCAGCCGAGGAAAGCAUUUUCAAAUACUUUAGUGAAAAGAGCCAUGCCGACUACAGUUUUCCAAACUUCCAGCCCAAAUUUACUGCUGAUCUUAAUCAGACGCUUGUUGCCGAGGCACCAGGUGUCUGUGGAGCUGACAACACUCAGUGCAUUUAUGACUAUGCAGUUACUGGAAACAAGGCUCUGGCAGAAGAUUCGAACUUAGCUAUAGAAAAGGCGGAUGAAACAGAAGCAAUAGCCAUAAAUGCAGUUCCUGUCCUUAAUAUUACGAGUGGAUCAACAGAGAUAGAUGACGAAAAUUAUGUGUAUGUGAAUGUAAAUGAGAACAAAACAAUCGGGCUAAUUGCGGAAGAUGACGGAACAUUGACUUUCGAACUUUUUAAUACAACUGCAAAUGUUGCCAUAGGUACAUCUGCCAAUGAUGGAUCUUUUGAAAUAUAUCUCACUGUUGAGAACACCGAUCCUGUUUCUCUCUGCUUGGUAGCAAAGGAUAAUCUGGGAGCAUAUUCCCCGAUACUUGAGUUUGUAAUUGUACUGUGUACAGGGUGUAACUCACAUGGUGUGUGUGACAACAAUGUGAUACGAGAAGAUACAAGAGAGACAGAUUAUUUUAAGUAUGCUACGUGCAACUGUGAAGCUUAUUGGGACGGUGAUGACUGUGAGGACGACUAUGAUGGUUGUGUUGGAGCUCCAUGUGCAGGUCGUACAUGCAUUGACACUCCAGCAGAUCAGAACAAAGCAAACCCUAGCCUGGACGCAUUUUCAUGCGGCCCGUGCCCAACUGGGUACGAAGAAGAUGGCUUUAAAUGUAUAGACACCAACGAAUGCACGAACACAUCAACGUGCGAUCAAACCUGUGAAAAUACAGAGGGUAGCUACUUUUGUCAAUGUAACAGUGGAUACAGACUUGCAGAAAAUGGCAGAGAUUGCAUGGAUAUAAAUGAGUGUGAAGAAUCAACCAGUGGGUGUGAACAGAUAUGUACCAACACAGAUGGAAGUUUCGAUUGCUCCUGUUUCACUGGCUUCACAUACAAUGAAGCGACCCCAGCAUGUGAAAAAGACAGUGUACCACCGUCAGGAUGUGACUUGUUGGACUGUUCCCAGGCGGAAGGGUGUACACUUAAUGAAAGCAGUCAGGCUGUAUGUUUCUGUAAUGCUGGGUAUAAGCUUCUGGCUAACAAUACAUGUACAAAUAUAGACGAAUGUAAUGCCAGUCCCUGCGCACAGAUAUGUAAUGACAAUGAAGGCAGUUUUACAUGUAGUUGUUAUGCUGGGUUCAAGUUGCAAGCUGAUCAAACAUCGUGUGAACCUUGUGAAUUUCCAAAUUUCGGCGAAAACUGUGCUGAUGUAUGCGGCUGCACACAAGGCUCGACAUGUGACUCCGUCCAUGGCUGCAUCUGUAAAGAUGGCUGGAAUGGAACUAACUGUGAUAUUGAUGUCGACGAAUGCGAAGAUCUUAAUAUUUGCGAGGAUAGCAACAGAGAAUGUGUAAAUUCGGUAGGCUCCUACACGUGCGACUGCCGCUCCGGAUACCAGCUAGAAAAUGAAACAUGUGUGGACGUGGAUGAAUGUAGUGACGUAGCUCUCAACACUUGCGAGAAAAAUUGCACCAACACAGAAGGUGGCUUUUCGUGUAGUUGUCCAGAAGCCUACAUUAUUGACCCGGCAAAUGACACAAGAUGUAUUGAUUUUGAUGAAUGUGAUGCGAAAGUCUCUGAAUGUGAUCAAGUCUGUGUAAAUAGUGUCGGAAGAUACAGCUGUGAUUGCAAAGCCGGAUAUAACUUGAACGCGGACAGAAGGACGUGUAGCGAAGUUAUAUUAGAUCAUUGUGCAAACUUUACGGAUGUAAGCUGUACACAGAUCUGUUCAGUUGUUAAUGGGGCACCACAAUGCUCCUGCAAAAUUGGAUAUAAUCUUGGCGCAGAUAAUCAGUCUUGCAUUGACGUUGACGAAUGCGAUCCGGCCCUGAAUUUGAAUAUGUGCAGUGAGAAUGACACAUGUGUCAACUUCAAAGGAGGUUAUAGUUGCUCAUGUAGUCCGGGGUUCAAACUGGAGAACGACCAGAGAACAUGUAAAGCAUGUGAUUCCGAGCAUUUCGGAGAGAGUUGCGCAAAUGAAUGUGCUUGUGGAGUUGGUGCGACUAGGUGUGAUUCUAAGACAGGAUGCGUCUGUGAGGAAGGCUGGAUAGGUGAAAAGUGUUCCAUUGACAAGAACGAAUGUGCAAACUUUCCGUGCACAGGAGAAAACGAGGAAUGCACAAACACACUUGGGUCAUACAGUUGUACUUGUAAGAAAGGGUAUACACUGGACAAUAAUGUAUGCAAAGAUGUGGACGAGUGCACUGACACACCGGAAGUCUGUAGUCAGACCUGUGAGAACAACCCUGGGAGCUACACCUGUAGCUGUAAGCCUGGCUUUCUUCAAGAUGGAGCGAACUGCAAUGACAUAGACGAGUGUCAAGGUCAACAUGAAUGCUCACAGAUUUGCGCAAACAACAUCGGAAAUUAUCGCUGCACUUGCAAUGAAGGAUAUCACCUUGAUCUUACAGACAGGACCACGUGUAUACCGGACAAUGCAUGUGAUCCAAGUCCGUGUGGGCUAAACACCGAGUGUGCAGUUGUCAAUAAUGUGGCGACCUGUUCCUGUAAGGCUGGUUUCAAAUUCGUAUCUGGAUCGACCACGACAUGCGAAGAUAUCGCUGAAUGUGAUGGAGACCCAAACCCUUGCUCACAGCAAUGUUCCGAAACCAGUGGCGGAUAUGAGUGCUCAUGCAACUUAGGAUAUAAGUUAGAUGCUGACCUGUCAACAUGUUCUGUUUGCACCAAAUUCAAAUAUGGCGACAAUUGUACACAGGAUUGCACUUGCAAUACUACUAACACAUUGUCCUGCAACAAUGUCAAUGGCACGUGUAACUGUAAUGACGGUUGGAGCGGAGACACAUGCGACACUGACGUCAAUGAGUGUGAAGAUCUGGCAGUUCACAACUGCACUGCCAACUCUCAGUGCGUUGAUACUCAAGGCUCGUUCGUUUGCAAGUGUGAUGCCGGUUACUUCAAAUCUGGAGAUGGAACUUGUCAAGUUUGUGGUGAAGGAACGUUUGGAGUUGACUGUGCCAGCGAUUGCACAUGUGUUGCUGGUAACAUUGACACCUGUAAUGCUGUGGAUGGAUCAUGUGUAUGUCAAGCUGGUUGGGAAGGUUUGACCUGUAGUCAAAAUAUUGAUGAAUGCACGGAAAACACGUUCACGUGUCCAGAUAAUUCCACAUGUGAAGAUACAGAUGGUUCAUACCGAUGUAACUGUGAUGCUGGAUUUAUCAAGACCAUCAACAUGACAUGCGAAGUUUGUGAGCAAGGAUUAUUUGGAGUUAACUGCAACGAUGUAUGUUCAUGUGUUUCUGGCAAUACAGAAUUAUGUAAUACUGUAAAUGGUUCGUGUACAUGUAAAGCUGGCUGGGAAGGAAAUACCUGCAGUCAAAAUAUAGAUGAAUGCACGCAAAACACGUUCACAUGUCCGGAAAAAUCUACAUGUCAAGACACGGACGGUUCAUAUGUCUGUAACUGUGACACGGGCUAUACAAAGACUAAUGAUGGAAAAUGUGAAGAUACUGAUGAAUGCACGACAGGUUCCCAUAAUUGUACACAGAAGUGCACCAAUACCAUUGGUUCAUUCAACUGCUCAUGUGAUGUAGGCUAUUCUGGAACCGGAAACGACUGCACUCAGUGCGUUAAUAGCUGGGGAGUGCAGUGUGUAAACCCAUGCAUCUGUGACCUUGAACAGUCGUCAAGAUGUGAUCCAGUGACCGGAUGUGUAUGCAUCUCUGGUUGGGAAGGAACAGAAUGUACCGAAGACAUUGACGAAUGUGCUACAGAUCCGAAUGCAUGUGGGUUAAAUGAAUUUUGCAAUAAUACCGAAGGAAACUACACGUGCGCUUGCAACACUGGAUAUAUAAAAGAGACAAAUGUUUGUCAAGAAUGUUCGAACAACACGUAUGGUGUCAACUGUGGCACAUCAUGUAACUGUGUAAGAAGUAAUACAGUAAAUCCCACUCAGUCAUGUGACCACAUUAAUGGCACAUGCUAUUGUACUCCGUUCUGGGAAGGAGCGCGGUGUGAAACGGACGUGCACGAAUGUUUGCGCAAUACAGAUAACUGUACAAGGGAGAAUGAGGGAUGUCACAAUACAGAGGGUGGAUUCAAUUGCUCUUGCCUGCUAGGAUAUACAAGAGACAGCAAUGAUAACUGUGUCUUAGAUACAUCUCCGACUGCAACUACUCCUUCACGGCCAGCCAUGGUAAUUGUGCGUGUUGUACUGACAAUAGACAUUAUCUUGAACAACGAUUUACUGGUCUCUUUAACACACACUCUCUAUGUUGCGGAGUUCAAGUCGAAGCUUGAAAUAUUCUAUGGGAGGAAACUUGGCAAUGUUGAGUUCUAUAUCUCCAUUAACAGUAUAACAAACGGGAGUGUGAUAGCUGAUUACAAUGUGAUUGUGUUCGAGCCGUCCGUGCCGGACGUAGCUAUUGCUAAUGCCAUAUUGGCUAGGAAUCAAGAGUCAAUUGAGAUAUUUAACACUACCGGUCCAGUAACUGGAAUGAUUGUACAAAAUACCACAGUACCAGUAACCACUGGAAAUGUCACGGAUGAGCUGGUGUGCGAGGCAUAUGAAGCUUCAAUUCAUUUUUGCGAUGCUGGUUAUGCUUGUCUUGUCAAGAACGACAAGCCGUUGUGCGAGCCUGUAGAGGAAGAUAACUUCCCGCUGAUCUUCGGCCUUGGUUUCGGCAUACCGAUGUUCCUUCUGUGUGCGGCAGCUGUGCUUAUCUUCGCCGGAUACUGGCGCUACAGAAGAAAUAGAUUGCGCACGAAACGAGAAAUUUCCGACGACAGAAGCAGCUCGUUAUUUGGUCACAGAUUACCAGUACGAAUGGUCACAGGUGUGCCAGGUCCUCUACAUCCCGCGCCAGAUCUACAGGCUUACGAACCCUCAGAGUAUUCGUCUAGCGACUUCUCGGACAACCAUCGUAGAUACGACGACGCUGCAUCCGAGGACGACAGAUAUAGCCAGUCUACAUGGAAUUUCCUUUUCCACAAUACUCUUGGUACAGAAAAGUUCCAAAUCAGACGUCCAAAAGUCGAUUUAGAGCCAAGGGGUCAUCAUGCAUCAGACAACUUUUAUUGAUAUUAUGGACAUAGCUUUUAAAAAAUUUACUGAAACCAUACGAGAUUAAUACUAAAUGCGAAAUUGGCAUGAUGUUCGUAUAGUGGCAGCUGUAAUAGACUUUAGAGAGGUUGAAUUUACGUUGCGAGUGAGUUUACGCCUACUUGGUGAAUGUUUAACGAAAUAUUUAAUUCACACUCCUGCAAAACGUAAAUCUGUAAACAUUAGGGUACACAUUUUGAAAGUGUAAAGCCAAAUUACUUUGAAUUUACAACUUUCUGAUUUCUGCCACCCUUCAUACUACCUCAAACUCUCUAUUACCUCAGAUGCGAUAAUUUCAACAAAUGGCUUCGUUCCUUUAGUUAUAGACCCCUGAAAUAUUUCAAAAUUAGAUUUCAGUUUCAGUAAACUUUAUAAGCGUAUGUACACAUUGACUAGGUUUCAAGAAUGUAUUGAUACGCAAUCUUAGAAAACCAUACAUUUACAUAUUGGCAGUUAUUAAAUAAUUUAUAUCAUAAUAUAUCUGUGUUCAAAAUUGUUAUAAGAGAUAAUGCAUUGUUUUGAAUGGCCCUGGUUUUAAUACAGUUUACGAUCAACAAGUGCAUAAGUCCUUUUACUAACUUUUUAAUAUUCUGUCUCACUAUAUCUUCAACAUUAAUUUGAAAAGUUCAUUUGUGUAAUAAAAUGUUUUUACUUCUAACCUUUAGCCAGCUGUCGGCAGGUGAUUUUGCCUUCGCGACCACUGCAGACCAGGAUCAGCCUGCACAUCAUGGUCUACACUGUUCGUUAUUCAGUCAAUAAAAUUUUCAUUGAAGACCCCUUUGAUAAACAAGUGGUAACUGCCCAAACUGAAUGAUAGACCAGUCCAUUUUAGAAUUUAGCAGAGUAAAGGUUAAAAUACAAACUUGUAUUAAACAGUAAGCCGAGGGAGCCACACUGACUGAUCAUUCGAUAGACGUUACCGGCGUAGGGGUAUCGAGUACCUUUAUUAAGAAAUAUUAAGAAAUAAAACAAAAGGUGCUUGAUGAAGGCAUGUAAGGAACAGUUUUACUGUAUUUAUACAAUAUAAAUGAAAUUUGAUAGAAGGAAAUUGUGAUUAAUGAUAUUUACAAGCACUUGUCACUUUAUAUCAUUUAUAACUUGUUUACGAGAGGAAACGUUGAAAUAUUUUUACUACACAAUUACAGUGACAUUUAAUUUUUAUCAAACAUCGUUACUUUCUUACGUUCAUCUGUCAUUUCUUGCAUUUUGUUAUAAUUGACAAAUAUCUUGAUACUAAAUAUCAAAUUACAAGUGUAAAAAUUACCACAGUAUCCAUGUCCUUGCAAAACACUAGCCAAAAAGCAUAUGCAUCCAAACCGCAAAUACAUUUGCAAAGCACUGUCUAAACAACAUGUACAUUUGCAAAAGCUCUGUCCAAACCGCAUACACAUUUUGCAAAGCACUGUCUAAACCACAUACAUUUGCAAAGCUCUGUCCAAACCAAAUACACAUCCAGUUCCUCGCCUCAAAAGUUACUUAAAACAACAAAAGACUUGAAACAGAAUCUUACGUGAACUAUUGAAAUUCCUAAUUUGAUUCAAUUUAUGUUGUAUACAGUUGUACGAUUAACUGUUGCAUAUAUCUGAUACAUUAAACUAAUGUUUUAUUGAUAAAUGCAGUUUUUUCGAUGUAAAUGAGAUAUGAAACCAAAAUUUGUAGUCCUGUUUGGCGCCAUAUAACCUAUACUGUGUUGGUGCGCUGUAAAAUCCAAAUAAUAAAUAAAUAUGUCUUAAAACUCGGAACAAGACAUUGCAUUUACUCUUUGUUUACAUUCGCUUGCACAUUGCACAUAAGUUGGCACAAUUGCUCAGGCUUACCCGACUUAGAAGCACUAACUUUUAUUCUUGUGUAACACACAAGCAGCCGUCUAAUACUGUAAUACUUAAUAUAAGAAAAACAACUGCUGAUUGUGGUGAAAUAUACUAUAAGUUUAUUAUAUUUUUAUUUGGUAAUAUUUCUAUGCGUGUUUUGUGACCGGAUUGGUGUUAAAAGGCAGCUUCAGUUUUCAAUUUUGUUUGAUUUUGUAUGAGUCAUGCUUAUUAUAAAUUGUAUAAGUGUAGCAUAAUACAACUGCUUAAAUGUUUUCGUUUUAAUGGCUGAAUUUGAAAAACGGAAUUCAGCACUCCAGUUACGUAAUUAAAGAAUGUGAUUUACCCGUAAAACUGGCAAUGAUUGUAAGUUUUUACAAGAUGAAGGGAUUGAUUCACAAUGUAUUCUUUACUGUAUGUUCUGUUGAAUUACACCCAUAGCUGAAUAAAUGUUUUAUUUCGAUGUCAACUGUACCAUAACACUGACUGAUAUAGUUCACAAAUAAUAAUUAUACACAUACGUGCCAAAUUGUAGAUCACGUCACAAAUUUCCAACAUAUUCUUGCAUGCAUUUCCAAAGUCUUUAUAAAACAGUCAUAUCUUUACAGUAUUGUACCUAGUAUUUUUUCAAAAGCAUGGUUCUCUAAAGCCUAAAAUAUCACAAAACAAAGGCGUUAAAAAAAACGCCAGGGCAUCAUAGAAACAUGAUGUAUUAUUUUGAGAGAGAAUCAUUGUAUCAAAAGAAAUUAAAUGAAUAGUAAAUACAGAAUAAGAUCUUUCCAUGUACUUUAUUUUUAUGAUAGCUGAUGUUGUAUAAAAAAUGAAAAAUUUAAGCAAGGGGCAGUGUUAUUUUGCGAACCCGUUUUUUGGGUAACACCUUAAAAGAAAAUGAUAUACUUUUGACAAAAAAAACCUAUUUGCAAUAUAAUAAUUGUGUACCUAUAUUAUUAACUGUUUAUUACUGUUUAUUUGUAACAAUUAAGUAACUUUGCUUCUGUCUGUACACAGGUUUAAAUAGCUUUGGAGGAGAGGGGAUUCAUUAAUCUUUAUUAGAAUUUGUUAUUCAUCCCUUUUUGCAUUAUCUUGUCCAAAAUGUUGUUGAGAUAGAGCUGUAUUUAUAAGUGAUAUUAUACAAUUAUCGACUUUUUCAUAGGUUGAUAUCAGGAUUUAUCAACCAGAAAAAAGUUUUUGAGGGUUGAUAAAUCCUGAUAUCAACCUAUGAAAAAGUCAAUAAUUAUUUUAUUACAUGCACAGAUGUAUAGUCAGUCUUGUUAUUACAACUGUAUCUUUAAUAAAGAAAUAAGGAAUAAAUUUAGAUCAAAUCAGGUUGAUAUUGGUUUUCCAAGCACCUACUUUGAUCUAUUUUUAUCUUCGUACUAUUUAUAACCCAGGAUAAGUCGAUAUGAUAUGUACUCAUUACUUUUCAAACCGUAUUCAGCCAGUCAGAGAAUCAAUAGAAUACAGUCAUGUAAUAAUAUAAGAUAUGUUUCAAGUAAUAGAUUUUAUGUAUAGUUGUAGCGGGGAGAACUGACCGUCGCUAAGAAAUUGUAUCAUGAAAACUUUUGUUAUAAGUAAAACGUACGUUAUAAGGAAUUUAGUAUUUAACUGUUGUUAUCAUUUGUGCAGAAAGAAAGAGGUUCCUGAUCUUAAAACUGACUUAAUAUCUUAAUAACCGGAAAUAUCAUAUACAUUCUUAAUUCUUGUAGACUUUUUAUAUGCCUUACUAACGAUAUUAAAUAUGAAGUCGUUGAAAACGACCGGCAAACCCCGUUGUUGACGGAUCCAUAAUGUAUCCCGUCAUAAUCAGAAAUGUCCCGGGUAACUGCACCGUCAUUGCGUUCUGGCGACGACGUCCGAUGACGGGUGAAUGGAAGCUGACUCCGGUAGACUCACAAAUACACGUGGCACUGAGCUUAAAAAAGCAGUAGAAUUAAUACGUAAAAGUUUUUGGAAAAUAUGUAAACUGAAAAUACGAAAAUAAAAGAAGAGAAGGUAUAUAAUAAAAUGGUUAGUAAACGACUGGUGUGUGCAUUCUUGCCAUAAUGACACCUGGUGCCAUAAUUGACCGAUUGCAGGUAUGAAUUUAAGUGGGCCAUUAUAGCAAUAAGGCACGGACAAACCCUAUGUUAACCUCUUAAUAACACUUUUUUGUUGCUACUUAGAUGAUACAAUGCAUAAUAUUUAAGUGUUCGUUUGCAGAAUUUGGAACAAAAGCUGCGUGUAUCAUUCGAGGGAAGAUCUAUAUUUACAUAAUUUGGUUUAUGUAAUAGUGUUUUAAACAGAGUUGUUUUUAGACGAUUACGACAUUCGUGUUUGACUUUAUGUUUUGUAGAAGUGACAGUUUGUGAAUUUUGUUUGACAUUAAUUUUGUCUCGCAUUGAUUCUUAAUAACUUAACUGUUGAUUUACUAUCUAAGCAGCCUAUAAAAUCUUUACAGUAUAACGAAAUAUCAAUUUGUUUUAUAAGUACAGACAACCGUGCAUACAAAGAUCACUUGGAGAAGCCAAAAAGCGGUCUGUAUUACCUUAAGUAUUUCUUAAGGUUAAUGUUCACAUGAAAUGUUUUGUUCUCAAGUUUGACUGUACGUUGAAUUUAUUUUGUGCAACGUAAAAAACUGAUUGUUGAUAGAACUAAUGUAAGAUUUCUUGUUUUUACUGCUGAUAUAAUUUAUUGUUAGUGUUAUAUUGUUGUUAUCAUUGUAAAUAAUUGGGGUUUUCAAAAUAUAUUUAUUUAAAUACUU